UGUUAUAAGAUUUUGGCGCGGUUGAUUUUUGCAUGUUUUUAUUUAAUAAAGUUGUUUAAUUUAUGUGAUGAAAGUUUAAGUUUUUAGUAAAUUUAUUGUUAUCCUUUACCAUGAAUGUCUCGAGGCCCAAUCGCAGUAUUUUGGAUACCAGUAACUCGCCUAUUUUGGAAAGAAGUCUGCUUAUCACUAAAAAGAGAAGGAAUUUAAAAAAUAGUAUUUUCUGGGGGUCUAUCAAUGUCUGUUUAUUGGCAAUUUUACUUUACGAUGUGUCUUUUACAUGUUCAUACUAUUUAAACUUUUACAACUAUGUCGAGUAUGUUAUAAUUGGAAUUUUAACUUUCAAUGUAUUCUAUCAUUUGGUCAAGGUAAUAAAACUAGGAGUUGCUAGGACAGAUCAAGUUACUAUUAAUUUAGAACAGAAAAAAUUGCUUGGAGUGAGGGAUUCAGAUCCAAGUUUUAGAAUUGUUAAAAAUACACAUAACACAUCUUCUGGUAUUAACACGCCUGUAGGCAAUAUGUCUUCAUUAAAUUCCACAAAUGUUAGUUGGAAAUCAAAUAUAACUCAAAAUGACAGUUUAAAUUAUUCCCUAUCCUCAUCCUGGACUUACCAACAAGGAAGCCCAGAUGCAGAUAGGUCCAGGUCUGGAUUACUAUCGAACAGAUCCACACCAUUAAAAGUAUCAACUUUCCAAAAUAUCUCAUCAGUUGAGAUGAUAAAAGAUGACAAAUCUCUGGAAAAGUAUCUCAAAGAACAUGAAAAAAACGAAAGUGUCAAUAAGUUGGCAAAUAAAACACAACAUUCUUCAAAUUUAUUAAGUUCCUUCUGGAGCCAUCCUGUUACUAAAACAGCUAAAGAUAUGUCUUCAUUUUUGAAGAGGUGUCAGUAUCAACUAUCCACACAAUCACCAAAUAAAAGUAACUCUAAUAGUCCCAGCAGCAAAGUUGAUGAACAUGGGAAUACUUCUAUGAACUCACAGGCCUCUGUUUUGGAAGUAUGGGCUAGGAUAAAUGUUGAUGUAGUUGCCUUGACACAGUGGAAUGAGAAUUUAAGAAUUUGGGUAACCCAGACAAUCUUGGAAAGACUGGUGAAGGAAUUUGACACUGUAAAUCAUUCGUUAGCAUCUCAUGGCAUGGCAGAGAUAAAAAUAGGAUUGGUGGGUUUGGAUAGGCUUAGGAAAACUGCCCAAAUGAUCCCUGUGAUGCAGUACAUUCCCUCACUUACCACCUUAAUUCCUUUUCUUGAAGUACAUGCUAAUCAGGAGUAUUUGGAAAAACGUAUCAGGGAGUUGGCCAAGGGUGGUUGUAUGAGCGAGUUUAAGUGGAAUGGUGGUAGUAGCUAUAAUGGGAAGGAGUGGGAUGAUUCUUUGCCAACCGACUGUGCUAUAAUAAUGCACUUGCUAGCCUCCUACAUGGACACCCAACUAAUGCCUAUGCCCAACAAACCAGACACCAAAGCAUUCAGCGGACACCACUACAUUAAAUUCACUGACAAAAUGCCUGAAUUGACCCCCAGCAGCUUAUUCAUACACCAAGCUUCGGAAAAACCCCCGCACUACAGAGUAAUAGUGGGAGAAAAAGUUUAUGAAAUGAUCAAAGGCUACAACAAUCUAUUUCACAGCUUUUUGUUCUUCAUUUACCAUGUCAAUAAAGUGGAACAUGGGAUGCUUGGUAGAGUGAAUCUUGGUAAAGCCGGAGUCAACAUGCUUUGGAUUAUCGAUCAGUAGUGACUUAAGUAUAAUUUUGACUGAUUAUUUUUUGUAAUAAAGC